AUGUCGACUACAGACGCUGUGCUUCAUCCCACGACCGCUUUCGCGCUCCUUCUUGCAUACACUCUGGCAUACGUGUCGCCUCUGUAUGCCUCAUCAGACACCCGCCCAUCGCCUGAGCUGCUGCGGAAUGACCCCCGCGUUAUCCGCGCUCGCAUCAAAUCUGUUCUGUGCUCGACUGCCCUGUGUUCCUUUUGCACUUUCAUCAUCUUGCAUCGCAACUAUGCUCUCGCCAUAGACCCGCUCCACGCCAUGGGCUAUUGGCCACUGGGGGUCACGGAAGCCGCCAGCUCGGUACUCCUGACCGCCAUCCUCUUCAGCGCACCGUUGUUCGAAACGCUCGUACUUGACGGCGCCUGGAAGGACUUGGUGAGCACGCGCACCAUCAUUGACGUCUGGCAAUCCUGGACUACAUGGCGCAACAUUGUCAUUGGCCCCUCCACAGAGGAGCUGCUUUUUCGGUCAGCGUCCGUACCACUAUUCCUUGCGGCUCAUCUCUCCAUCUAUAAGACGAUUUUUCUGUCCCCAAUCAUCUUCGGCAUGGCCCACAUCCACCACUUCUACGAGUUUCGUAUCACCCAUCCUCGCGUGCCUCUGCACGUGGCCAUUGCCCGCACUAUUCUGCAGUUUUCGUACACAACCUUAUUCGGUGCCUACGCCACAUUCCUGUUCCUCCGCACAGGCAGCCUCCUUGCUGCCAUCCUCGUCCAUGCUUUCUGCAAUGCCAUGGGUCUCCCGCGCUUCUGGGGCGUUGUCGAUCCAUACUGGAUUUCACACAGUGACGCGCGAGCGGCCAAUGCCUGUCGCCUCUGGUCCGCUUUUUACUACCUCAUGUUAUUGGCUGGGGCCUGGGCCUGGUGGUCGAACCUCAUGGCCUUGACAGUGAGUUCAAAAAGCGUGGUGGACAUGCCCUGA